AUGGCCGUCGAGGAACGUAUCGCGCACGUUGAAAGGGUGAUAAGUUACUCUUUCAAGUCGAAGGAUCUUCUUCGGCAGGCACUGACUGCGGCCGGGUCAGAGCCGGAAAAUCACGAUGGCAACAGGAAGUUCGCGAUCAUCGGCGACAAUCUCAUCCGAUACAUCACCAGCUGCGUUGCAUACAAAGUCUUGCCUAGUCGAAGCCAGAUAGCGGCGCUGGAAACCACGAUUGUGUCCGUCGAUAAAAGAGCAUCCGUGGCGCAACAGACUGGAAUCAAGUUCUGCAUCAAAUAUAGCCAUAGACCAGGAGCCCAUUCUCGCAAGGUCCUCGCUUUGGCCAUCAGUGCUAUUUUGGGGGCCGUCCAUAUCGAUUCCGGCGACCAUGCUACCCCAUGGAGGGUAGCACUGCACCUCGGUCUAGUUUCAGUGGCGUGGGCGAGAAAGCCGGUCGACGGGGAACUCACAGGGCCCAGUUCAUCCACGAAGAGGGGUAGGGAGGACGGCUCUCUUGCGGAUGAGAAUGGAGUGAGGGACCGUCCACCUACGGGGAAGGCAGCUCCAGUAGGGUCGGACAUGGGAUUUCCGGAUCGCCUGCAGGCCACGAUUCCCCCCCAAACCCGCGGAGACCAUUGUGAGAUUACGGGCGACGAUGAUGGCGAUCGUCUUGAAGAUGAUACAGAUCUUGCUAUGGCGAAGAAAAGAAAGCCAUCUUCGCCAGGCGAUCCCCGAAAGGGCCCGGGUCCUGAAUCGGUGGUUGUACUAAAGUCGAUCGUGGAGACGGCUCGGGCGAAGCAAAGUGUACCUGGUCCUUUGACACCGGCUGUAGUGGAGACGAACAAAAGUCGCUUCCACUUGAUAGAACUUCUUGGGGAUGAACUCGUCUGGUGCCGCCUCCUUCGGUUUGUCCAUAUAUUGGAGCUUUAUAAAGCCUGUGGAGGUGCAGAGACGGGCACAUCGAGUGGGUUUGUUAAUUCUACGGUGUCUUCGAUGAGAAGCCAGCCAGGCCGACGCGGAAAUCCCCUGCACGCGGCCGAAUCCCAAAUCCUGCCACGGAUGAUGGCUGAGAUACUGCCUGAGUUGAUGCCAGGUACGGAAGUAUAUGACAGAAAGCAGAGUGAAUUGAAAAAACUCCGUCUUCUCGGGCGACGAUUGUCCGCCAUGGCGUCGACCUUUGGCCCUGGAGUUCUUGGCCUGAUGAUGAGCGAAGACUCGUCCGAGUUAGCAAUCUCGGAAGCGACGUUCCAAAGAAUCCCAGAAAACAAGUUCAAAGAGUUCAUCCGCAUUUUGGACCGCUCCCAAGGCGCUUUGCUGAGAACUUUCGCGGCUGCAGCUCAAAGCAUCUUAGAUGUUCUGAUCGGCUCUACCUUCCCAGCACACGAAUCUGUCCUUGAGAGAGCGGAGCCUGAAAGCAUCCUCCAAUACCCGAAAGGAUCUGAUGAGCUACUUACCCAUUUAUCUAUGCUAUGA